CUAUAUAUGGUGCAAGUACUGCUUCGCAACUGGUCAAGACUGGACCAAAUUAACCGGUCUCGAUGAAGUGAUGACUCAAAUUUCUAUUAAAGGUGUCGGUUGCAAUGAUCAGAACAAUUUCAAUUUUCCGAUAGAUAUUUCAUGGAAAUCCACGAACCCAUUCGGUUGGCCUCAAAUCGUUCUUCAUGCUUAUGGCGUUGACGUCUUUGGUAAAGAUGUUUUACGAGGCUAUGGCGCCGUUCACGUUCCAAUGAAGAUCGGAAGUUUAGUGUAAAUGAAUAUUUGUUUUUGAAAACCACAAGUUAAGCCCAUCUGUUUUAUCAACACUUUCUAUGUGACAAUUGAGAUGUUUUCGUCGCUGAUGUUCAAACAAAACCUUAAGUUUCACAUUAUUUGGACAGAAGAUUGGAAAACCUGUAUUAUCAUAGGCAAUGAAGGCUUCUGCUAGGUCCAGUAUCUGAGUAUAUUGGGAAGGCAAUUUUUAUGGUUUAAUAAACUGUUUUAUUUCUCAAAACGUCUGGAAAGUUCUUUGCUACGAGGAUAUUUCCUCCGUUUCUUAGUGCUUUGUUGAAUUCAAGCCACAGAAAAAGAGUAUCCA